CGGAAGUAGCAGUUGACAUCGGUUAUAACCAUGGAUGUAUAGGUUAUAACUGCAGUACCAUAACAAGACUUUCUGUCUAAUUACAGUUAUUAUUGACUUCUGUGUUAAGGAUACGUCUGGAUUUGUCUGAUUCGUGUUUGCAGACGGCACAGCGAUGUGCAGCUGUGUGCGGAGCUCCAGGGCUCUGUCCCCCGUGCUGCGCCCCGCUCGGCUGCUCCCUCAGACGGGCUACAGGCUGGCCAGCCGGGGCCUCUGGACCUCCCCGCCAAGCCUGGCUGUGGGGGGGGACUCCACGCUGCUGCCGCUGCCCAGCCAGGCCCGGGUGGUGAUCUGUGGGGGUGGCAUCGUGGGCUCGUCUGUAGCCUUCCACCUGGCCAAACUGGGCUGGACUGAUAUCGUGCUGCUGGAGCAGGGCAGACUCGGUGCAGGAACAACCCGACUGUGUGCCGGCAUUGUCAGCGUGGCCAAGCCUAUUUCCAUCGAGUGUCAAAUGGCAAACUACUCCAAUGGUCUCUACAAGGGGCUGGAGGAGGAGACCGGGGUCAAAACAGGUUAUGUGAAGACAGGCUCUCUGUGUCUGGCCCAAAAUCAGGACCGCUUCCUCUCUCUGAAGCGCCUGGCAUCCCGACUAAAGGUCAUGGGGAUCAGCUGUAACGUCAUCAAGCCUAAAGAGGUGGCUAAGCUCCACCCUCAUGUCAACAUUCAUGACCUGGUGGGGGCGCUGCACCUGCCUGGAGACGCUGUGGUUUCUCCGCCUGACAUCAACCACGCCCUGGCUGUAGCUGCUGCUGGAUACGGGGUCCAGAUCCUGGAGCGGACCACCGUGCAGCAGGUUCUGGUGGAGAAGGGUCAGGUGACGGCGGUGGAGACGGAUCGGGGCUCCAUCGAGUGUGAAUUCUUUGUCAACUGUGCUGGACAGUGGGCGUACGAGCUGGGUCAGGCGAGUGAGAUGAAGGUUUCGAUUCCUCUUCAUGGCUGUGAACAAUUCUACCUCCUCACCAAACCUCUGCAGGACCCUCUCCCCCCCGACACACCAGUGCUGAUGGAUAUGGACGGACGGAUCUAUGCGCGGCCCUGGCAGGGCGGCGUUCUGUCGGGGGGCUUUGAGAAAAACCCCAAACCCAUUUUCACUGAGGGCCGAAACCAGCUGGAGAUCCAGAACAUGCAGGAGGACUGGGACCACUUCGAGCCGAUGCUCAGUGCGUUGCUGAGGCGGAUGCCGAGUCUGGAGUCGGCUGAGAUCCAUCAGCUGGUGAACUGCCCCGAGUCCUUCACCCCCGACAUGCGCUGCCUGAUGGGGGAGACGCCGGGGAUCUCGGGGUACUUCGUGCUGGCCGGGAUGAACUCCUCCGGACUCGCCUUCGCUGGAGGAGCUGGAAAGUAUCUGGCGGAGUGGAUGACGUACGGUUACCCCACCGCUAACGUCUGGCCGCUGGACAUCAAGCGCUUUGGAAACCUGCAGAGCAGCCGCACCUUCCUGAGACACCGGGUCAUGGAGGUCAUGCCCCUGCUGUACGAGCUGAAGGUUCCUCGCUGGGACUUCCAGACUGGCCGUCAGCUGCGGACGAGUCCUCUGUACGACCGCCUGGACACACAGGGGGCUCGCUGGAUGGAGAAGCACGGAUUUGAAAGGACCAAGUACUUUGUACCUCAUGGAAAAGAUCUGCUGUCUCUGGAUCAGAGUAAAACCUUCUACAAGCCCGACUGGUUCGACAUCGUCGGAUCAGAAGUGAAAUGCUGCAAAGAGGCCGUCUGCGUCAUCGACAUGUCCUCCUUCACCAAGUUUGAACUGAGUUCCACCAACGACCAGGCUCUGGAUCUGCUGCAGCACCUGUGCGCCAACGACCUGGACGUCCCCGUGGGACACAUCGUCCACACCGGCAUGCUGAACGAGCGGGGGGGCUACGAGAACGACUGCAGCGUGGUGCGCGUCAGCAAGAACAGCUUCUUCAUCGUGUCUCCCACAGACCAGCAGGUCCACUGCUGGGCCUGGAUAAAGAAGCACAUGCCCAACGACCCACACCUCCACCUGGAGGACGUCAGCUGGAAGUACACC